CCUCAAACUCUUUAUGAGAAGUUUAGUAAUGCAUUCGCAUAUUAUAAACAAGUAUCUCUUUGUAACCCACACCCAAAUCGUCAACAACUCAUGAAGGAUUGUAACCUGGCCUGGAAACAAAUCAAAAAGGAAAAUAAAACAGUAAUUGAUGAAAAAAUACAUUCAUAUUUUAAUUCAAUUCCUUCACACGUUUAUUGCCAUCAAUCAAAAUUUACCUCACGCAAUAUGAAUAAUUCUGGCAGCUCUUCUUUACCGAAUAAUAUUUCAGUGAUUCAUACGUCUCUACAAUGUGAAGAUGAAUUGCCCAAAAAUGCCGUAAGUCAACGAGAUGCAUUUCAAAAAAUAACAGCAGUGACUAAAAAAAUAUCAGAAUACGAACAAAUGUAUUUAAUCUCAACAGAUGAAUCAUUUAAGGAAACAUUGCUCAAAAGACAUGCCCAAGCCCAAGCAAGGCUCGAAGACAAAAAAGCAAAAAUGCUUGAAGAGGGUAUUGUAGAAAAAUAUGAUGGACCCGGAAGGCCAUCAGCAGCAAUGAUCCAUCCUGAUUUUUGGGAUAAAAUUCAUGACUGCAUUGAAUUUGGAGCUGCGCACAAAAAAAAGAAGAAAAAACCACGCCAUCCAAAUAUAUUUGCAGCACGUCACCACCAUCAUCCGGCUAGA